AUGACAGAAUCUUUGAAUUUAAUGAAAGCAAGAACAGGACGCGAAAAACAAGUGUAUAAAGGCAACAUACGAGGAUGGGAAAAUGAUGAAUCGAAACAAGAGGCGGCAAUAAGAGAAACAUAUGAAGAAGUAACAUCAUUAAUCGGUGUAUGGGAUCAUAAUGUUGUUAACAAAAAAACAGGGCUACCUAAGUCUACAUUUAGUUUUUUUGAAAUGGAAGUUGAACGAUUGGAAGAAAGGUGGCCAGAAAUGGAUGAACGGGAUAGACAAUGGGUUUGUUUUGCAUACGAUGACGCAUUAAAAGUUUUGAUAAAACCUUUUAUGCGCGAAGUAGUUGAACAGUGUUCAUUGGCACCAUCCAACAAAAAGUCAAAAAAGUCCGAAUGGUCUGGAGAUCAUGGAGCAUACACUUUUCGUGACAUGACUGACCUCUAUAAUACCAUAAAGGUUAGGAAACAGAUAAAUUUGAUUGAUUUAUAA